AAAGAGAAACUAACACAGAUGUUCCUGAGAGCUGAAAUGGAGAAGAGAGGAGUUCAGAUGGAUAAAAUUUCCUGUUCCAUCUGUUUGGAUCUACUGAAGGAUCCAGUGACUAUUCCCUGUGGACACAGUUACUGUAUGAACUGUAUUAAAAACCACUGGGAUGGAGAAGAUCAGAGUAGAAUCUACAGCUGCCCUCAGUGCAAAAAAGAGUUCAUACCAAGACCUGAUCUGGAGAAGGACAUUACAUUAUCAGAGUUGGUUGUGAAUUUAAGGAAGACUGAACUCUUAGCUGACCCACAUUCUCACUACUUUGCUGGAUCUGAAGAUGUGGUCUGUGAUGUCUGCACUGGGAGGAAGAGGAAAGCUGUCAAGUCCUGCUUAACGUGUCCAGCUUCCUACUGUGAGAAUCACCUCCAACCUCACUAUGAUGCUCCACCAUUAAAGAAACACAAACUGGUGAAUCCAUCCAAGAGUCUCCAGGAGAACAUCUGCUCUCAUCAUGAUGAGGUGAUGAAGAUCUUCUGUCGUACUGAUCAGAAGUGUAUCUGUUAUCUCUGCACUAUGGAUGAACAUAAAGGCCAUGAAACAGUCCCAGCUGCAGCAGAAAGAGCUGAGAAGCAGAAGAAGCUCCAGGAGAGUCGACAACAAAUCCAUCAGAGAAUCCAGGACCAAGAGAAAGAUGUGAAGCUGCUUCAACAGGAGGUGGAGGCCAUCAAUGUCUCUGCUGAUAAAGCAGUGGAGGACAGUGAGAAGAUCUUCACUGAGCUGAUCCGUCUCCUCCAGGAAAGAAGCUCUGAUGUGAAGCAGCAGAUCAGAUCCCAGCAGGAAACUGAAGUGAGUCGAGUCAAAGAUGUUCAGGAGAAGCUGGAGCAGGAGAUCACUGAGCUGAAGAGGAAAGACGCUGAGCUGGAGCAGCUCUCACACACAGAGGAUCACAACCAGUUUCUCCUCAACUACCCCUCACUGCCAGCACUCAGUGAGUCGACACACUCAUCCAGCAUCAACAUCCGUCCUCUGAGACACUUUGAGGACGUGACAGCAGCUGUGUCAGAGCUCAGAGACAAACUACAGGAUGUUCUGAAAGAAACAUGGAGAAACAUUGAACUGGUAAUCAGUGAAGUUGAUGUUCUACAGUCAGAACCAGAACCAAAGACCAGAGCUGAAUUCUUAAAAUAUUCUCAAGAAAUCACUCUGGAUCCAAAUGCAGCAAAUAGAUUUCUGUUAUUAUCUGAAGGGAAUAGAAAAGUAACAGUGAUGUUUGAACAAAACUUAUUUUCUCGUUAUAAUCCAAGGUUAAUUACUCUUUGUUUUCAGGUCCUGAGCAGAGAGAUUCUGACUGGACGUUGUUACUGGGAGGUGGAGUGGACUGGGAGCGCUUUUCGUGUAGCAGUUUUAUUGAAGAAUAUUGGCAGUGUAGGACAGGUAGAUGAAUCUGCAUUUGGAUCAAAUAUUAAUUCCUGGGCUUUGCGUUGUGAUGAAAAAAGUUACAUAUUUAUCCACAAUGAUGUGAGGUCUCCAGUACCAGGUCCAGUUUCCUCCAGAAUAGGAGUGUAUCUGGAUCACAGAGCAGGUAUUCUGUGUUUCUACAGCGUCUCUGGUACCAUGACUCUGAUCCACAGAGUCCAGACCAGAUUCACUGAGCCUCUGUAUGCUGGGAUUUCUCUUUACCAUGGAGGCUCUGCUGAGUUGAUUGAAGCGAAAUAAUCUGGAUUAAUCUGAGGUCUAGUUGGGUAAAAUGUCUAUUUCCGUCACAUUUUUGCGUCAUUUCUUCACUGCUCACAGAUCAGAUGUGUUAAUGUCCACAAUUAAUGUAUAAGUUACUCAAUUUUGGGCUUUAAAAUAAUUCUGAAAAUAACAGAAUGCUGUUUUAUUUGUGCCUAUUUUGAAUCUUUGUGUGAUAAAGAUUAUGUGUGAAUGAUUUUAUGGUUGUUGUAUAGAAGAUAUCAGAUGUAGUAACCAGUUAAUUCAAAAUAAUAACAUUUUAAAUAAAAGCAAUUGAAAUAAAUUUGACUAUUGUUCACACAUAAGUCAUAACAUGGGAACAAUGCCACA